UCUUUGACUCUUUGGAGGGAGACUAAGUAUUUAUUUUCUUUUAAUCUCAUCGCAGUUAAUUUUUUUUUUAAUGAAACCAAAGAUCUAACUUUUUAGUCGGUGAUCGGAGGACAAUCUCCAUAUGGCGGCAACGCAACGACUACGCGCGCUCCAAUCUCAGCCAGAGAACAAAGUCUGCGUGGACUGCUCCCAGAAGAACCCUCAAUGGGCGUCAGUCUCCUACGGAAUCUUCAUGUGCCUAGAAUGCUCAGGCAAACACCGAGGCCUAGGCGUCCACAUCUCCUUCGUCAGAUCCGUCACCAUGGACUCCUGGUCCGAGAUCCAGCUCAAGAAAAUGGACUCCGGCGGUAACCAUAAGCUCAACACCUUCCUCUCUCUCCACGGCAUCUCCAAGGAAACAGAGAUAGUCGCCAAGUACAGCUCCGACGCGGCCUCGGUGUAUCGCGAUCGGAUCCAGACCUUAGCCGAAGGGAGACCGUGGAGGGACCCACCUGUUGCUGUCUCAAAGAAGCCUCCUUUAUCGAAGGGUGGGGGGAGUGAUGAUUCUGUUAUGAGGAGGAACCAGUCGGAGAGUGAUUUUAGAGGGGUGGGGACACGUGGCGGCGCGUUGGCGAAGGCGAGGUCUUCUGGGGAUAUUUAUUCGAGGUCGGAGGUUGAGGCUUCUGCUGCGAGUAAAGAGAGUUUCUUUGCGAGGAGGAUGGCGGAGAAUGAGUGUAAGCCUGAGGGGCUUCCUCCUUCGCGAGGUGGGAAGUAUGUUGGGUUUGGAUCGAGUCCUGGUCCAGUGACGAGAAGGGGAGAUGGUGGUGAUGUUUUUUCUGUUGUGUCUGAGGGGUUUGGAAGAUUGUCUCUUGUUGCUGCAUCUGCUGCGAAUGUUGUUCAGACAGGAACCAUGGAGUUAACUUCAAAGGUGAAAGAAGGUGGGUUAGAUAACACGGUGAGUGAGACUGUUAACGUUGUUGCGAGUAAGACAACGGAGAUAGGACAGAGGACGUGGGGGAUUAUGAAAGGAGUGAUGGCGAUUGCUUCACAGAAGGUUGAAGAGUUUACUAAAGAAGAAGCAUCAACCUGGAAUCAACAGAAUAAUAACGGUUUCUCCGACAGCAAAGCAGGAACCAAUUCAUCAUCAAGCUACCAAAAUAAUUACCGUAACUCGAGUUCUUGGGAUGACUGGGGAGAAGAGAGCAAUACUAAAAAGGAAGCAGCACCAAAAGUGUCACAAAGUGUUCACCACAACGGUUAUGGUAACGCAAACUCUUGGGAUGACUGGGGAGAAGAGAAGAGUAGUACCAAGAAGGAAGCAGCGCCGAAGGUGUCAACUUCUAAGGAUGAUGAUGGUGGUUGGGCUGGUUGGGAUGAUGAUAAUGAUGAUAAAGAUGAUGAUGAUGGUUAUUAUCAGAAUACUGCAGAGGAUAAGAAAUCUGUAGGCCAUAAUGGCAAACCAGACACAGCUUGGACAGGUGGAGGUUUUCUCUAGCGGUGAAAUGGUGAAAGAAGUUGUAAAGUUAAGGGAAAAGCAAAGCAUGUGUGUUAUUCGUGCUCUGUCACAAAGAGAUAGAGCAGAGAGUGGCUAUUACAGAUCUGUUUGAGUGGCUAUUAUCGAACUAAUGAUUGUCAUUAUUUGUUCUUAUACCAUAUAUAGCUUUCUUUAUUAUCUUUAUCAUUAAAUUUGUACAAGCUUUAUAGAGGACUGCUUGCUCUCCUUUUUGAGAUUCGAAUAUAUAUUUUUGGGUAUAAAAUGUUGGUAUUCUUUUA